AUGGAACAAUCCAAUAGCUUACUGUUAAAUGAGCAAGCCUUGAAAGAAUGUCCUGACCAAAAUAAGCCCAUCUUUUUCUAUGAAUGGCUCCGAUAUUUGGACAGGAUACUGCCAGUCACUCAGAAGGUAAGUAAAAUUUAUUAUUUUUUUAUCUUGAAGGUUUAGGAAGAAUGUUCCAUCAGAAAAUGCUUUUUUUCUUCACGGAUGAAGUAAUUUUUAUUUUAUUUUAGGCCGAUCUGAAGUCAGUUCAACAAAAAUUAGUCGAAGUUCUAACUCAACGGAUAUCCACUGGUCUCGGGCCUCCAACUCGUUCUCUUCUAGCCAAAUGUUUAACUCAAGUCUUCUCAAUCGCCGAUUCCUAUGAUCUUUUCCAAACCAUCAACCUUUGUAAUGAUGCUCUGAAGGUAAAAGACGAUUCCAAUGCUCAAUUACAAGUCAAAUUGACUGCUCUCGCUGUGCUCGGUCAAUUCUACAGUAGUUUGGGAAAGAUGGUAGGGAGAUCUUAUGAGGAAUCGUUUAGUCUGAUGGCAAAAUGGAUCAAAAGUGCUGAUGUAUGUUUUUUUAGGUACCUUUUUGUUCUUGAUGUUUAAAAUAAGUAGCAAAUGUACUGUUUUAGUCGGCCAGCCGGACGGAGAUUUUGUUGACACUAUCAAAAAUGGUUCAUGGACUUGGUCCAUCAUCUCAUUCGAUCCACAAGGACCUGUAUAAACUUUUAUCGAAGGGCUACCUAACCGAUCGAGUAAUGUUUGUUAGGGCGGCAGCUGUAAAGGUAAGUGCGGUUUGUUGUUUUGAAAGCUGUGUUUAGUGUCUCAGCGGCUUGGUGUCUGAUCCGAACUCUCCAAUCUUCACUUCUGACAUUGAUUCGAUCCUCACCAUCGCCUUGAAGAGCUUGGAUGAGUCCAAUUUUGAAGUCCGAUUUGAAGUUGCCAAAGUUUUCGCUCAUAUUGCUGUCUUCACAGUCGGAAAGAAGCCUCAACGAUUAAUGCCAGGUGAGUCUUUAUCUAUUUACCUUGUCGAAUAGGGUUCUUCAAAUAAAUCUAUGUUGUUGUAGAUAAGUCCACCCCAUCUCAACAAAAACAAAUGACAUUCGAAGAGGUAUUCAACUUUAUGAGCAAUGGAUUCAUUCGGGGUGGUAUUGGUGGCUUUCUGAAGGGAGGGAACAGUUCGCCAACGGGUCAACGACAAAUCCGCGUUGGAAUGGCUUUGGCUUAUGUUGAAGUGUGUCGAGAGUUGGGAACGAAUUGGUUGGAGAGGAAUCUCAUCUUCUGGCAGAAACAUGUCCUCCAAAUUGCAUUCAAAAUUGGGCCGACUUCAACGAAUAGGUAAGAAUUUUUAAUUCUUUUUUUUGAUUUAGGCACCUGAAAAAACAAUUUUUAUUUAACUUGAUGAUUACAGUAAUCAAACUCAAUCAAAUGAAGCGAUUCAUAUGAGGAAAUGCAUUUCGUAUAUUUUCCGCCAAACCCUGGGUCAGAUGCUCUCGGAAAGCGGGCAGAUCACGGCUUGCAAAAACUUUGGCCAAUUGCUUAAUGAAUACAAUAAUUUCUUAGGUAAGUCAUGUUUUAUUAUUUUAUUACGGUCUUUAGAAAUUCCGGAUGAUGAAGAGAAGGUAAUCAAAGAAGAGGGAACUUCUAUCGCGAAUGUUUCAACUGUUAUUUUAUUGGAGAUGUCGGCCUUGAUCAAUCAAGUUGAUACUGCUAUCGCGUCAGUGCUGACGGAGUCAAAUGGGGUUCAGGAACCGGUAUUUGCAUGCUUACUUCAUCCAUUUAAGGUGCGUUUUGGGGGGAAAGUUAAAGAUGAGAUUAUUUUUAUGUUAUAAUUUGGAUAUUUUAGGUUGUCCGACUUUCGGCCGCUUAUUGUCUUCGCUCCGCCAUCCGCGCCGUCCCUCAUCUUGCCACCCCUUUAAUCGAUCGAUGCUUGAAUCGUCUGGAACAUCUCCGGCACUCAUCAAUAGCAGUCUCCGGCUAUGCCACAUGCCUUGCUGCCCUCUGUGCGGGAAGCCUUCACACCGAACUUGGAAUUCCUUUCCAAAAAGUUCGGACGGUCUUUCAAACUGCUGAAGAUCUAAUCAAAACUGCCGCUCAAUCAUCGAAAUUGGCCUUGGAUAAGACUCAAUCGGGAUGGCUUUUAACUACGGCGUUAAUCAGCAUGGGUCCGCCUUAUAUCAAGCACAGCCUGAACAAGUUGGUGAUGCUAUGGAAAUGCUCUUUCCCCAGAUCGGUGGACGAAGCCAAAGGCGAAAAAGGAAGAGGCGAUACCUUCAUUUGGGAAUGCAUUUUGGAGUCGAGAGCCGGAGCCCUGGGAUCAAUGGAAGCAUUUGUUUUGCAUUGCCAAGAACUGAUGACUGAAGAUAUCACGAAACGAAUCAUUCAAUGCAUCGAAACCACCCUCGCCACCAUGGCUUUGGUCGGCGAUCUUCUCGGAUCUCACGGAAACAAACUCAGAUAUCCGAUUUAUUUAAUGAGGAUACGGCUAUACAGUUUGUUGAAAAGUUUACCCUUCAAGUCGUAUGAACACCUCUUCAAUUCGUUGCUAAGGGAAUUGGUGGCAGAUAUUACGUUGAGUGAUAAUGCACAAGCGACGACAGCGGUCUCAGAUCUGGCCGAUAAAUGCACGGCAGUUGGGGAUUGCCUUCUCGGUGGAUGGCUAAGGAAUUCAACGCAUUCGGAGCUGGAAUUACAGGUAAGAAAUUUUGAAAUUGAAAGGGAUUUAAAAAAAAUGUCAAGCUGGCUCUGUUUACAUUGCGGGCAUGAUUUUGAGAUUUUUUGGCAAUUAGUAGACGUUCUUUUCUCGAAACCUCUGCAGAACUCUGCAACUAACCGAAAUCGAGUCCUCUUUGCGCCAGUGUUUUUAUAGCGUAGUCGGUAGAGGGCUCGACUUGCGUCCGAAAAGACCCGAGUUCGAUUCCUUUCGCCUUUCUUGCUCCGUUAUGCACCCGGAAUUCCCUCGGGAAAACGAAUGGGCAUACGACGGAUUUCUUGAAGGCUAGACUAGUGAGACGGCGCCACGGUAAGACCAUAGAAUUGGGUUAGUACUGCUAGUUUCGUCCGACAUUUUAUUCGUUUUUUCAAAAUUUUGGUAUUUUCUGCGUCUCGGGUUAGUUUUUGCUUUGAGGUCGUUCACAAAUUUGAUUUCAGCUCCAUCACGCGCAAAAUUCGGCCAGCGGCUCGAUUGAUUAUGAUCCUAUGUGUGUUGUUAUUGGAGCAGAAAACUGGACAAAGGCACACGAAGGUGAAUCUGAAUCUCCAAAUUGGCCUCAGCCCCUCCCUCCACAACUGGUUUCCCUGGACAUAGCGGUCUCAAUGUUUGGUCGGAUCUACCCAUUAGUACCCUCAAGGCAUAAACUUCAGUUGACCAACCAUUUCAUCAAUUGCAUGGCCAAUUUGAAACAAACCCCGAGGCUUCAGGUAAGGUUGAAAUAGAAUGGAAUUUGAAUACAUUUUUUUUGGUUUCAGGCGAUCCAACUCAAUAUUUUGGGAGCUUUGUUGUCGGGAAUGAAGGCCAUGGGAGAGAUACGAAAUUACAGAUCGCAAGGAACAGAACAUCAAGAGCAAACUGUCAAGUUGUUGCGGCAAUUUGUGACUGCAGACAAUCCCUUACAACGGUGUUUGGCGAUCGAAGCACUCGGUCGAAUGGCUCAGGCAAUAUCGGAGCCUAAAUUCUUUGCCGGUCUAGCACAAGCGUCCUUUAAUGACCUCCAAGCAAUGAAGGAUGAGAAGAGCAGGUCUGGUCUGGCAUUGUCGCUAGGUGCACUUCAUCGAUAUGUGGGCUCAUUGGGAAGUGGCCAUCAUCUUCAUACGGCUGUCAGCUUGGUUUUGAGUCUGGCACAGGACCAUUCGUCGAUUACUAGCAGGGUAAGUUUUUACUGUUUAUUUUUGCCGUUUUUGUCCGAAUUCUUUGUAAAAUUGGUCUUUGCAGGCAUGGGCAUUAUUCUCAUUAUCACUGAUCGCCUCCACAGGUGGUGGAAUGUUUAGAGGAUAUGUUGAGCCAAGUUUGGCCAUGUGUAUCAGACUAAUGUUAACCACUCCGCAAACGAAUGUGGAAGUAAUCCAAUGCAUUGGCAAAUUGGUGUGUGACUUUGAAGACGUUGAUUUGUAAUUUUUGUGGAAAAAUAAUGGAGAUUGUUUUGUAGGUCUCAACCCUGAUCACCGCAGUCGGCCCAGAACUCCCUUCAACUGACGCCAGUAUGGAGAAGAUGCGCUCAUCUUUCAUCGUCGCUUGCUCCAUGAUGUUCGAGCACUCGGAUCCGCAGAUCAAAGCCGAAGCCAUUGCUUGUCAACAACAAUUACAUUUGUUUGCGCCCAGAUUUGUGGAACUGGAUCGAUUGGUCUCAACUAUUUGCGUAAGUAUAAUAUAAAUUGAGGGAAGAUACAGGUUAGAGAAUGGGAAAUAAAUCUUUAUUUCUUUCAGCAUCAGCUAUACUCUCCUCAUUUUGUUCUCCGGAAAGCCGCCAUCAAUUGCCUCAAGCAACUCCUUCAACGAGAAGCGAAGGAAGUCCGAGAACGCGCUCAAAGCCUCGUCCCCGCAGGCAUUAUUGAACAUUCCAAACUAAAAGAAAGUCCCCUGCCUGACACUGGACUCGAAGGAGCGCUCUUUGACCUUCUUGAUAUUGAAUCCGAUCCAGAACAACGAGAAAAUAUCAUGGAAUGUGUCCUAUUCCUAGUACAACAUUCCGCCAGCGAAAUGCUCCAAUUUUGGCUACAAAUGUGCAAAGAUAUCCUGGCGUCAAGUAGCAGCGAGAAUGUGAGAUCAACAUUGGUGAUAAAGGACGAAGGAAAAGACAAAGGAGAAGAGGUCUUGGCGGAUGAUGACGACACUCUCCAAGGUGUCCAAUUGGGCGACACAAAAGUCCGGGACAAAGUCGCGCCCAGAUGGCCAACCAGGGUGUUUGCGUUCUCAAUUGUAAGGAAAUUGAUGAGACUUUGUGAAACGGAAAGGGCCCAUCUGGAUCUGGCAUUGGCCAAGGAGCUUCAGCCAAGUUCAAAACAAGAUUACCUCGUUUUACAUCUGGCAGAUCUUGUCAGAAUGUCAUUCAUGGGCGCAACAUCGGAAAUCUCGGAGCUCAGGCUGGCUGGUCUGGCUUGUCUCCAUGAUGUGAUAGACCGAUUCGCAAAAGUUCCCGAGCCAGAAUUCCCCGGACAUGUUAUCCUUGAGCAGUUCCAAGCUCAAGUUGGAGCAGCUCUUCGACCAGCAUUCGAAGCGCAAACUCCAUCGCAUGUAACAGCGGCGGCAUGUCAAGUGUGCUCGGCCUGGAUUGGAUCCGGAGUGGCGAGAGAUUUGAACGAUUUGAGAAGGGUACAUCAACUAUUGGUAUCAAGUCUCGAUAAGUUGAAGAAUGGAUCGGAAAAUGCCCAAUUAUUCAACGAAUCAGCUGCAACUCUGGAGAAAUUGAGCAUUCUGAAAGCAUGGGCCGAAGUUUACAUUGUGGCGAUUCAAGAUGAAGACAGGAAAGAUGAAAAAGAAGAGAAUUACACAGAAAGCUUGCUGAGUUUGGUAAACCCCGAAUUAAAAGUGCUUCUGGGACAUUGGCUGGCUGCUUUGAGGGAUUCUGCGCUGCUCAGUCUGCCUAUCGAGUUUGGAGAUCAACUUCCAGCUAAUGGUGGGAGCUUCUUCACACCAGACAGCGCAGAGGUAAGAGAAAUGAAAGGGUCAUCUAUAAUAUUCAUUAGAAAACUACUAAAUAUAAAGGCUAACACGAGAUUUUUCAGACCUGCAAGGAGUAUUAUCGCCAAUGCUGGCCUCCUAUUCUACUGGCGUCAUCCAUCUGGCUGAAGCAAAAUGAUCAUGCUCAAAUUGAAUGUGAUCCUUUGUUGGGACUGGAGAAGAAGGAGAAACGUUUCUAUCUGAUGCUGGGAAUGUGUGUAGAAGCCCUAUGCAACACAAGACAGUUCUCAGACAACGAUCGGACCAUCUAUCUCGGUCUGGAAACCUUGAAGAACCUAAUCGACUCACCAUGGGCACAACUCGAAUUUAUGAAGGACGUUAAAAUGUCAAUUGAGGUUAUGAAUGUCCUCCACAGGUAGGAUUGAAUGUUGUAAUGCGGAAUAGAGAGACUAAGGUUGCUUUUCGAUUCUAAUCAACUUAUUUUCAGACUAAUUUUGACACGAGACAGUCUCACCGUCCAAAAACAUUGCACUGAUGUGGUGGAGAAGGUCGUAUCGGCUGCACAGGCCGCACUCAAAGCAAGAGAUCCUCAGAAUUCGGAUGAGUACUUUGAUGGAUUCGAUCCGGAGUCGGGGAAGAUCAAACACACCACCAGUUUGACAUUCGCAACCUUGGAAGUUUGCCUUUGUGUUUUGGUCAGACAAAUCCCACAAAUAAAUUCGGAGUUGGCCAAAGGCCGGACUCCAAUACAUCAUAGGUAAUCUUUUGUUUUGUUGAACCAUGAGGAAGAAGACUAUUGUAUUUUUACGUUUUUUGUUUGCAGAAAAUACAGUAGACUACCGCACGAGUCCUGCGAAUUGAUCAAGAAAGCGAUCGAUCUCCUCAAUGAAGUCCCCAGUUUGAGCUCAGAGAGAGGAUCUUUGGUGGUGUUGCCGUCGAUCUUUUACCUGAUCCUGGCGAUCUUGAGGGAGAGCUCGCGUCUUGAUCCCGAAGUCAAUGAUGCCAAACCAGGAGAUCUCACAGUCGGCGCUGCUGGAGCAAUGAAAGCCCUAAAACAGCUGGUAAGAAAUGAAUUCCCUGUCUGAGUUUAUGAUUCAAAUUCGAAAUGCUACUUAUUGUCAACUUAAUUUGGAUUUUUUUAGAUAAGCUCGGUCCCAACGGAUGAAGUUCUCUUUGACCAGUGGGCAUCAAUAGCCCGAAGCGCUUUACUUUCGCUGCUCAAAAUGUCGGACGAACAAGAGCAUAAAGUAGAUGAUGCUGUGAUAAUGCUCGCAGCUUGCGUCAUGAUCACCUCAGCGCCGAAGAAGUUUGAGAUUGGAGUCCAACUAUUCUUCAGGAUGUGCGAGAUUGUCAAGAAAUGCCUCAGAUCCCCGCAUUUCCAAGUCCAAUUCCAAGCACUUCAGACAGUCAACUCGCUAUUUCAGAGGAAAGAAACCGCGGCAGCAUAUGUUAAAGGUGGGAAUUGGGGAAUCAUUAUUGAACAUUAUAAAUUUCAGAGCUUGGCCCUGCUGUCUUCAACAAAAUCAAACCCUAUCUAAUGGAUGAAGGCAUGGUCAUCGCCGAUGAACACGGAAAAACUCAUAAACCAGCGUCAGAGACCGAUCUUCCAGUCCUUCAAGACCUUACGGACUCGGAAUUGGUGACGAUCCAAGAGACUAUCAAAGCAGUAGAAGCAGUACUAGCGAUGUCCAGAGGAGAAAAAAGUGAGUCAAAUAGAAAUAUAGACAAAUUGAUGACUAAAACUGUGUCAGAAGUGAUGUAAAAACUAUCAAAUUUUUUCAGCUUACAUGUUUGUCAACCUCCUAGUGCGAUGCCUGGUACGAUUCUUAUGUCCAGAGCCGGAGACUCAACUCAAAACUGUCUCAGAGAACGUCCGUAAACUCCAUGAGUUCGCAUAUCAAAGACUAAAUUUGAUAGGGCCUAAAUAUCCGGAGGUGAGUAGAGUUUACAAGUUUCGUUUAAUAUGUAGAGCUGAAGAUGACUAGAAUUAAAAUUUCAGCCAUUCAAAGCCCUGAUUCAACAUUGCCCAUCGGUCAAACAACGAAUCGAAGCAGCUGCCAGUGUACUACAACGCCAGUUUGAGGCCCAGAAGCAAGCUCAAAUAGAACAACAACAGAAAGCCAAGGCCGCUCAUAUGGCCGCUCUUCAAGCCGCUAAUCAAAAGCCAACCAUCGAGUUGAAGAUGGACUUUGGUGGCUUUAAAUAG